CAAAGCGGGCUGGCUGCGGUGGGCGUGGAGGGCCGUUUUGGGCAGGAUCUUGGGGUCCUGAAGUGGGUUGUCCCCUCCCACCUCCAUGCCCCAGGUUCGUAUCUCGGGGGAGCUCGGGCCUGGAGGCCCUGGACAAAUUUUUUCAGCCCAGACUUUGAGCACAGGAGCCCUGGAUUACCCCAUCUCAGCCGUGGCAAGGCUUUGCAAAUGGUGGAGGGCGGACUUUGGGCUAGCCAGAGGUGCUUACGGUUUAUUCCUGACUCUAUGCAAGGAUCGCCUGGUGGGGCCCAGCGUUAGUGGUGCUCAGGAUCAAGCCAGGGCUGCCACAUGCAAGGCACACAUGGCAUUCCGAGACGUGGCUGUGGAUUUCAGCCAGGAGGAGUGGCUGCUGCUGAGCCCUGCGCAGAGAUCCCUCUACAGGGAAGUGAUGCUAGAGAACUACAGCAACCUGCGCUCCCUGGGAAUUCCGUUUUCUAAACCAAAAAUCAUCACCCAGCUAGAACAAGGGAAGGAAACAUGGAAAGAGGAGAGAAAAUGCCCAUCUGCAACCUGUGCAGCAGAGCCAGCACCAGAACUUCAUCUCUGUCCUUUCUGCCCAUCAGAUUUCUCCAGUCAGAAGCUUCUUGUCCAGCGUGUGCUGUGUAAUCAUCCUCCCUGGAUCUUUACAUGCUUGUGCCCGGAUGGUCAUGUUCAUCCAGGGGAUCCAUGCCUGGGCGACCAGAAGCAGCAGCCACAAGUAUCUGAUCCAAGUUCCUGGAGUGGCAAAGCAGAAGGUCAGGAGAGGGAAGGUGUCAAACCUUUGUUUGGCACGACCAAGAGGACUUCAGGAGCGUUCUCCAAGCCACCCCAGAGGCAGUUGGUCAGUUCUAGGAAUGGUACCCAAGAGACAGAAGCAGCAGCCAGCCCUGCUCAGGUGGGGAGCCCUGAGGAAGCAGACAAGCUAUUAAAGACAAUAGAAGUCUUAGGAUUCGGAACAGUCCACUGUGGCGAGUGUGGACUGAGCUUCAGCAAGAUGACCAACCUGCUUAGUCACCAGAGGAUACACUCUGGGGAGAAGCCUUAUGUGUGUGGGGUUUGUGAGAAGGGCUUUAGUCUAAAGAAGAGUCUGGCCAGGCACCAGAAGGCCCACUCAGGGGAGAAGCCCAUUGUGUGCAGGGAAUGUGGGCGAGGGUUUAACCGUAAGUCAACACUCAUCAUACACGAAAGAACACACUCUGGCGAAAAGCCAUACAUGUGCAGCGAGUGUGGGCGAGGCUUUAGUCAGAAGUCCAACCUCAUCAUCCACCAGAGAACGCACUCCGGAGAGAAGCCCUACGUGUGCCGGGAGUGUGGGAAAGGCUUCAGCCAGAAGUCGGCUGUCGUCAGGCACCAGAGGACACACUUGGAGGAGAAGACCAUUGUGUGCACCGACUGUGGUUUAGGCUUCAGUGACAGAUCCAACCUUAUCUCACACCAGAGGACACACUCUGGUGAGAAGCCUUAUGCCUGCAAGGAGUGUGGACGAUGCUUUAGGCAGAGGACCACGCUUGUCAACCACCAACGGACACACUCAAAGGAGAAGCCUUACAUGUGUGGCGUGUGUGGGCACAGCUUCAGCCAGAAUUCCACCCUCAUCUCACACAGGCGGACACACACUGGGGAGAAGCCUUAUGUGUGUGAGGUGUGUGGGCGAGGCUUCAGUCUGAAGUCACACCUUAAUAGACACCAGAACAUACACUCAGGGGACAAGCCCAUUGUGUGCCAGGACUGUGGGCGUGGCUUCAGCCAGCAGUCCAAUCUCAUCCGACACCAGAGGACACACUCAGGAGAGAAGCCCAUGGUGUGUGAGGAUUGUGGACGAGGCUUCAGCCAGAAGUCCAACCUCAUUGCACAUCAGAGAACACACUCAGGGGAGAAGCCAUACGUUUGCCGAGAGUGUGGGCGAGGCUUCAGUCACCAGGCGGGUCUCAUCAGGCACAGGAGGAAACACUCAAGGGAGAAGCCUUACAUGUGCAGGCAGUGUGGCUUGGGCUUUAACAGUAAGUCGGCUUUAGUCACGCAUAAACGGGUACACUCGGAAGAGAAGCCUUGUGUCUGCAGGGAAUGUGGCGAAAGCUUUCUCCAAAAGUCACACCUCAUCAUACAUCAGAUGGCGCACCAGGAGGAGAAGCCUUACGUGUGCAAGACCUGUGGGCAGGGCUUUAGCCAGAAGUCUCACCUCAACAGACACAGGAAGAUGAAAUCUGGCCAUCACAAACCUCAGCUCCAGCACCAUCCCAAAGCCCCUUCAGGGCAAAUGUUAGACCUCUUACCGCCUACUUGAGGUGGUGGUGCAAACUAAAUAAAAUCUUUUAUGUAUUCAUAAAAUGAAGCAGAGAAAUGCAUUCCAUAAGUGGUCAAAGGCCUUUGGCUUAGUUUACUCUCUCCACACUGUCUUCUUCAUGUUCCGUGGCCUUUUGUUCUAAUAAACUUCUCUUUGUUAUAAGACAAGAAUGGCUUGGCUGUGUACCUCCUUCAUUCAGAUGUAAAGAUAAUAAAUAUGGAGUUGUUCCCAUGCCUUGAACUCAAAUCCAUAUUGCUCAUGAAUUUAAUUCCUUAAAAGACUUAAGAACUCAGCCUCUCUACGUUGCCAAUACAGGUCCUUUGUAUAGGGGGAGAUAUUGGAACUAUAUUUAAGGAUUCGGUGAGGAUCAGGAAUCUUCCAUCAUCAGAAAAUAAUGACUUCUCUCUCCUGCAGCUGUUCUCCUUACCUUGGCUUCUAUACCUCUCAUUCUUGCAUUUUUCUACUAAUCAAAUCUAAAUUUUCAUUUCUUUAUUGUCCAAAAUCACUUUUAUUGCCUUUUUUUUUUCAGAGUUUAGUCCUUGGUUUUUCCAUCUUUUCUUUGUUUCCUUUAACAAUACAUUGUCCUCAGUACUCCAAGAGGACAGUUCAAGGGCUUGGUCUAUGUAUGACCAUGCAAAUUUUUUAUCUCAGAGCUUUGGAUUUCUAGUCACAUUUUUCAAAGUUAUGGAUAAUUCCUAUCCCCACACACAUACGAGCUGUGCCACCUCAUUAAUACUCUAAUAAACUUAAUAUUAACUAUGUUCUUUCUGUAGCCUUCCAAUAAGAGAUAAGACUCAUGAAACCAAAUUCCUAAGUCAGUAGGCUUUAGGACUCCUUAGCAUCCAAGAUUCAUUCCCAAAUCAGCUAGCCAAAACUGACUGAGAAGGACCAGAGCAGUUUUACUGGCAAGGUGCUUGCCUUGCACACUGU